UUUCAAAUUCUAAAAAUAUUAUAAUGUGAAUAAUUUUAAAUAUAUAAAUGCGGUCAGUAUCAAAGGGGACUUUGAAAUUUAUGUUUGUUUCGUGAUAAUGUUCGCAUUCUUACGAUCUCUUAUCAGAUACAUAUAUCCUAAAAUAAUAUUUUUUUAUUAUAGAACACACAUCUUGUACUUAAUACAUUCAACAAUAGAAUUUUGCUGUGCCUAUUUGGCAGCAUAAAAUGAUUUCCAAUCGAUGGCGAGUCGAUGGCAAAAGAAAUAAUAAUAAGACAGGAAUAAUAGAGAAAAAGAAAAAAUAAAAUUAUUGAGUAAUAUAGCAAUUAGAAUAGACACCUUCAUUUACUUUCUCAGAAUAGUCAUAUUUUUCUAUACGUCAAAAGUUCUAUUAUAGUACAAUGUAUGCGUAUUUUUCUCGAGAAAGUACAGGAAGGACUAUCAUACGUAUCCUACAAGAUUGCAAAUCUAUAUAUAGUUUUGAUUAACAAAUAAAGCGAUUAAAUGAAUUGUUAAAAACAUUUGCGCGCAGUAUGUUUCGUAUUUUGGAAUUAAUUAAUGUGAAACACAUUUUUGAAAUCAUGAAGAGGGAGCAAUAAGUCGUGUUACCAAUAUUGCGCAGAAAAGAUUGCAUAUAAGUAAUAUAAAGACAAGGAAUGCCAGAAUGAUAGAAUGUACAACUUGCUUUGUACAUCUACAAUAUUAAUGAACAAAAAGAGGAAAAUGAAAUCAAAUUGUCGGCUUGUAUUUGAUUCUCGUUAAUUAGAGACGAUUUUAUGAGCCGCAUAAAAUCUUCUUUAUAAAAUUUAAUAGAUAACUUCUUGUGUUUAUAUGCUGAUAAAGAUGCCACAAAAUCUUCUUUAUAAAGGAGUUUUGAAAAUAAUCGACCAAACUAGCAAGUAAUAAUCGUUUUUAUUAAGUUUCACGACGUUUCGACCAUAUGGUUGUGAUCCUUCUCAAAUGAGAAAAUAAAUUAGUAAAAAUUAUCCUUGGUUGGGAUACGUUGUGGCUGUCUCACAGUUUCAAUUUUACGUUUAAUUUUUGACUUGUAUAUUUCUUAAUUAAAAUUAAUAUUGUGCAGUGCUGUAUGAUGAGCUAAUUUUUACUAAUUUAUUUUCUCACUUGAGAAGGACCACAAUCAUAUGGUCGAAACGUCGUGAAACUUAAUAAAAACGAUUAUUACUUGCUAGUUUGGUCGAUAAUUAUUUCCAAAACUCCUAUUUAAAUUCUAGUUGACUGUCAUUAAUAAUUGGGAAUUUACUUCUUUAUAAAAUUUAAUAGAUAACUUCUUGUGUUUAUAUGCUGAUAAAGAUGCUACGAAUAUUUAUGUAAUAUAGUGCUAAUGAAGAUACAAUCGCACAUGUGUGAACAUGCGGUACUGAAGCUUGAAAUUUUUGCAUACAUCGCGAAAUUGAAUAUUUUUCAAAACUUUAGGCGGAUGGAAAAUUCCCGUUACCUCCUUCGCGAAUUAGAAAUGAGGUAAAUCUGUUCGUUUUAUGCACAUUUUUCAUGCUUUCGUUUUUUUCUUCUUCCUCAACUUGAAUGUAUAUUCUAUUUAAUUCCACAUAUAAAAACUGCGCAUAUAAAACGAGUAGACUUGCUAACGAGAAUGAACUUGAAUGAUUUCUUGUAACAUAUGUAUUGAGUCCCCUUUGAAUUUUUCAAUUAUAUUUCAUUCCCUUCCUUCAAUUUCAAGAAAAUUUGUGAAUAUGUCACAAAAAUCCUCUCCAUGUCACACUGAUAUCUUUCUUCUUGCCAUAUAUACAUGCAAAUGUAUGCAUGCACAUGUCAAUGCGAUUAUAUUUAUGCACAAAAAAUCGUGCAUAAAAACGAAUGAUGAAUAAAUGAAAGAAAUGAUAUCGAACUGCUGCUCGUUCCUAUAAUUAUCAGAGUUUUGUUUUAUUCUCAUGUAAAGCACCAAAAUAAUAAAUAAUAUUUUUUGUCGAGGUAAUGAUUUAUUUUCGUUUUACAUAGCUAUAUUCUGUCAAAACAUGUACAAAGCAUUAAAAACUACGAGGAGUUUAGAUGAUUAUUAGGAAUGUUAUGACCUUAUUAUUGUUUAUCUCUCUAUUUUCCGUUAUGCUUAAAUAAAAUCAGGCUCUAUUGUUAAUGCUUUGUGCUUGUAAUUAUUCAUAUCGGACGUUUCGUGACGAAAGGAAAGCUGGAGGACUGACUUAACAAGCAAAAUUGGUAAAAUAAUUCAAGCGAAUUUAGACAAUUACGAACCAAUUACACAACGUUCUUUUACACAUCUUAUCUCCUAAGUUUUGACAUUUGUAUAACUUAAACAUUUUAAGUUAAACGUAAUGGAGUUAGUUGAAAAUAUUCCAGAAACGGUAGCGACCAGAAAUAAUACAUAUUAUACAGAAUUAACAUGUCAAGUAGAACAGUUACAUCCACCGCUUUUUAUUAAUCUUAAAAAUGAAAUAGAAACAGUAUUGAAAGAACAUUUUAACGAGGCUAACGUCAGUAUAGUUAAAUGUCCCGAUUUACGUGAAUCACCUUUUAAUUUACGGCACCAGGAUUAAGUGGUAAUACUGUUGUUAUGGAGAUGGGUGGUCCAGAAUAUCUUUAUAAAUGUCCAAUGCCAGAUGCAAAGAGAUUAUGGAAAAUAACAGAGCUUAUAGAUCAUUUCUAUGCUCCUAAAACUCCUGUCUUCGUCAUAGGAGCAGGCCGAUCACAUAGAACAUUUAAUUCGGAAGUCGCUACAAAUUUUAUAUAUUCAACGAAUCGUAAAGUUACGAACAGAAGUCAUUUUAAUUUCGUGAACAAACAGGGGAAGUGCGAAUCAGAACUUAUUACUAAUUCUAAUUGCGUUACAUGUGCUCAGCAUGGUAGUUUCUUUAUGUGUAAUGGAUCUGGUUUAGGAUACGUCUUUAAAAUAUAUGCCAAAGGACGCCAAACUGAUAUGAAUUUUCCGAGCGUAAUACAAUUAGCACUGGAAACGAGAUGCGAACCAAAUUAUUUUAUAGGUUUAGGUGGCACAUUUGUUAUCAAUAAUGGAAUCGUGAGAAAUGAGAUUCGACGCCCUAAUUUUACCUCGAACGUACCAUCGAAGAUUUGUGACAGUUUUACACCCCUAGUAGCUGUUGGUACAAUAUUGAGUAGACCUAAACAUAUUACAAAGCAUCAAACAUUUUCAAUGGAUAAAGAAAUACAUCUGGAAGGUAAUAUCACAGUUCAGAAUUUUAACACUUUUGCUUCAAACGGAAACAUAGGCGGUCACUUUCUUAAUGACAUCACGCCAAAUGAUAUCGAGUACGAAGGAUACUUCAAUUUGGCGAGUCUGUUUAUUCGUAUAAGUCCACCCCAAAGGACUUUCGAGCUGCCCUAUUAAUUAUUCGAUUUGUAUUUUCAUAAAUAUUAUAUUAUAUUUAUAUGUAGUAUAUUAUUAGAUCUUUAGCUUGGUUCGAGAAGUAUUUCUUUAGUUGUUGUUAGAUUGUACGCAAAUAUUUGCGAUUUAUUUCAGAUAUGUGACUUGAGCAAAAUUUGUCAGAUAAAGAAAAAUUUGUUAAAUCCUCAUUUUAUGUAUAAUAUUUUACAUAAUAUUAUAACUUUUGUAAUAGUUUGUUCAAAUUGGUAACGAUAAAAUUAAUAAUACGACGUUCUUCAUAUUUUAUAAAUUGGAAAUUUUUUAUAUUUAUUCAUAAACGUAUUAAAAUAGUAUAAAAAGCGGAAAAUGGAUCAUGAGUUGCAAAAAUUGUGGCAAAUUUAUAUUGACGAACAAUAAUUUUUUGCUUUAUUACUACGAUUUACGAAUUAUAAAUAGCAAGUAGCGAUAUACGCCUAUAGUCUGACAUCAACUUCCAAAUUCAAUAUAUUGAAGAAUACUUAGAACUUAAUAUUUAUAUUUAU